CAUGCAAGGAUGAUGACAACAUGACAGCUAUAGAUAACUGCUCUGAGGAUUCUGUAACUACUGAAGGCACUUCACGAUUCACAGCUGAGCCUCCAUGGAAGGAUGAUGACAACAUGACAGCAAUAGAGAACUGCUCUGAGGAUUCUGUAAUUACUGAAGGCACUUCACGAUUCACAGCUAAGCCUCCAUGCAAGGAUGAUGACAACAUGACAGCUAUAGAGAACUGCUCUGAGGAUUCUGUAAUUACUGAAGGCACUUCACGAUUCACAGCUGAGCCUUUGGUUGAUUACUCGGACACCGAAGAUGAAGUUUUGUGUUCUAAAAUUAAGACAUCUUAUAAAAAGAGAUCUGUGAUUCAUGAUGAUUCGGAUGAUCUCUUUGAAAAUUCGAGUGUAAAUGGUAAAGAUGACCAAGACAUUCAACGUGACGUCAGACGGAAUCAUGCAUCAUUUGCAAUGAGUGAACAACAUUCCGCUUGUACCACAGCAUCCAAAAGAGCAAAAAACACAAGAGCUAGAGGGAAGAUCGCGGAGUACUCGGAUGUUUCGAGCGAAGAUGAGUUAUCUGUUAGUGAGGAAGAGUACAUUCCUGAUACAUCAGAGAGUUACACAUCAGAUAGUAGCAUGAGCUUUACUGCUUCACCAAAGGGUAAAGAAAAAAAGUUACAGACUUUGCCAGUCCGGAGCAGUUCAGCUGUGAACAGAAUCAAAAAGUUCAGUAUUCAAAGCAGCGGUGACUUAGGGAGCUCCCAGAACCACGACAUAGCCAAAGUUCCUGACACAUCUUCCAUUCUUGACAGCGCAACAUCAGUAGUUAUCCCAGCUGUAAUUAAAAAGAGAGGUGGAUUGAGAAUGUACAGCAAAAAACAACAGUGCUUUUUUUGUGAAGGUGCUUUUACAAAAAUUUCUAGACACCUGGAACGAAAGCAUAGAAAUGAGGUAGAGGUAGCAAAAGCGUUAAGUCAUCCAAAGGGCUCAAAAGAAAGGAGGAUGCAACUUGAGUAUCUACGUAACAAAGGGAACUUUGCUUACAAUAGUACUGUUAUUAAUACAGGUGCAGGACUGAUGAUUCCGCGGAAACUGCCCAAAAAGAACCUGGAGGGGGAAAGUUUUAUGCACUGCAUUUACUGCAAAGGACUCUUCUUAAAAAAAACUUUGUGGCGACAUGUCAAGGUUUGCAAAUUCAAGCCUGGUGAUGAGAAGCCGAAACCUGGAAAAACCCGUGUCCAGGUUCUUUGUGGCUUUGCACAACCUCCCCCACCAGGAGUAACUCAUGGUGUUUGGAAACUGUUAAAUUCCAUGAACCAGGACCAAGUGGCACUUGAAACUAGAAAUGACUGGUGCAUUUUAGAGUUAGGAAAGCAUCUUUACAACAAGUAUGGAUCAAGAGUUAAAAUGCAUGAACACAUCCGCCAAAAGAUGAGGGAGCUUGGAAGACUCCUAAUAUGUGCAAGAGAGGUAUCCCCCCUUACAUCUAUUAAAGAGCUCAUUCAUCCCACAAACUUCAUGCAUACCAUCAAUGCAGUUAAAAGGGCUGCUGGCUACAAUGAAGAGACCAAUGUAUUUGAAAAGGCUAGUGUGGCUGUGAAACUUGGACAGAGUCUGAACAAAAUCGCAAUGCUUAUUGAGAGCCACUCUACUAUUAGAGGAGAUGAAAAGACAGGAAAAAUUGCGAACAGUUUUCAACAGCUUUAUAAGUCCAGAUGGCCCGAUUACAUUUCUACAACAGCCCGGCGAACACUGGAGGAAGCAAAAUGGAAUUCCCCACAAUUACUUCCAUUCACAGAAGAUGUUAAGCUCCUUCAUAUAUAUCUUGACGAGCAAGAGAAGACCCAUCGCAAACUCUUGUUAACACAGCCAUCAUCUCAGCACUGGGCAAAACUGGCCAAGAUCACGUUAACUCAGGUUAUGCUUUUCAAUCGUAGACGAGAAGGGGAAGUGUCACAAAUGCCAUUGUCUGCAUACAUCUCCAGCAACCAAUCGGAUGCUCAUCCAGAUAUUAGCAUGGCCCUCACAGAUUUAGAAAAUAAACUGUGUCAGUACUUCAAGCGUGUAGAAAUUAGAGGCAAAAGAGGCAGAAAGGUUCCCGUGCUUCUCACACCUUCCAUGCAAGAAUCAAUCAGCCUGCUUCUUGAAAAUCGGAAUACCUGUGGAAUUCCAAAUGAAAAUCCUUUUCUCUUUGCACGCCCGUAUGCAAUGACAUUUUUCAGAGGCUCUGAUUGCAUUCGCGAAUUUGCUGUUGCAUGUAGUGCAAAAAAUCCUCAGACUCUUACAUCAACAAAGUUGAGAAAACAGAUCGGGACACUUUCUGAAGUUCUUAAUCUUAGCAACACAGAGUUAGAUCAGUUGGCAGACUUUCUAGGCCAUGACAUUCGAGUUCAUCGUCAAUUUUACAGGUUACCCGAAGGCACCCUCCAACUGGCCAAAAUUAGUAAAAUUCUUCUGGCCCUCGAAAAAGGACGCUUGGCAGACUUUAAAGGGCGAAAUCUUAAUGAAAUCAACAUAGAUCCAGAAGAGGAAGUUACAGUGGACAGUGAUUUGGAGGAGUCCACUUCUAGUCCAAAAGAGUGCACCACAGUAUCAUCAUCACAGCACACGGUUUGUGAGAACGGCACACUUCUAGCAGACCCAGUCUCCAAAAAAAAGAGAGGUUACGUUAAGAAGACGGCCUGGAACAAACUUGAGAUACAGGCUGUGGAGAAGCAUAUGAUGAGGUUUAUUAACAAUCACAAAAUUCCAGGAAAGGCAGACUGCAUGAGGUGUAAAGAGGCGGAACCACUUGCACUUAAAAAUAGAGAGUGGUCUACACUUAAAUUUUACAUCAAAAAUCGAAUCUCCGCUCUAAACAGAAAAUAUCUGCCAAAUUAAUUGACACACUGUCAGACUGAAUUGUUCAUUGGUAGAAACAAGCUUUUAUAGUUUUAAAACAAGCUUCCAUAGUCAAAUGGUUAGCGCAAUAGACCAUCAGUUCCAUGUUAUUGUUUGGAAAUGUAGAUUGUUCUUUCGAAAAUUAAGGCAUUUUAAAUAACUUUUAGACUGGAGUCUUUUUUUUCAUCCUUGUCUGCUUCAAAUGUAGAAUUGUUUUUCUAUAAAUGCAGACAUGGUAGAUUUUCAUUCUAUUGUACUUGUUUUCAAAAACUUGAGAAUGCAGUGUUUGUCAUGAAGGGUUUUAUUAAUAUAUAUUUUUUAAUUCAACUAGUGUUUACUGUGAACAUCUUUAUGAAAUAUUUCUGCAAAUUUUUGUGGACGACUGAAACUUAUGCUAAUGUUUCUGACCCUGACUGUUGACGUACUAAUGUUAUGAGUUUUGAAAAUGUAUGUCAUAUACUGUAUAACACUUUUUUUUUUUACUAAACCUUUAAAAGUACUAAGUUAAUUUUGUUUCUACAUCUAAAACAAACAUCUCCAAAAUCAAUUAAAGCAUGGAGCAGAUUGUAGCUCCUUUUCUGUCUAAAGUACGCAGAUUCUCUUUUGUGUGUGAGUCCAGUCCCCACAAUGACCAAAAACUGGUGUUGAGUGUGUUUAGAUACGAUCCCCACAAUGACCAAAAACUGGUGUUGAGUGUGUUUAGAUACGAUCCCCACAAUGACCAAAAACUGGUGUUGAGUGUGUUUAGAUACGAUCCCCACAAUGACCAAAAACUGGUGUUGAGUGUGUGUUUAUAGUCCCCACAAUGACCAAAAACUGGUGUUGAGUGUGUGUUUAUAGUCCCCACAAUGACCAAAAACUGGUGUUGAGUGUGUUUAGAUACGAUCCCCACAAUGACCAAAAACUGGUGUUGAGUGUGUUUAGAUACGAUCCCCACAAUGACCAAAAACUGGUGUUGAGUGUGUUUAGAUACGAUCCCCACAAUGACCAAAAACUGGUGUUGAGUGUGUGUUUAUAGUCCCCACAAUGACCAAAAACUGGUGUUGAGUGUGUUUAGAUACGAUCCCCACAAUGACCAAAAACUGGUGUUUAGUGUGUGAGUCCAGUCCCCACAAUGACCAAAAACUGGUUGUGUGUUAGCCGGACCCCAGAUAUACUCAAUACCUGAAAGGUCCCCACAAGUGACCACUGUGUCAGGUUUGUAAUUUUUAUAGUGAAAUAUUUGUAAUCUGCAGUGAUACUUUGAAACAGGCUUUUUAGCUUUUGUCAAAUAAUUUUUUUUAGGUCUGUAAGAUCAUAGGAAUGGGUGGUCCCCACUAUGUAGCAAUACUGACAGGUGACCCCCACAAUGCACAAAAACAAGUAUGUGUGUGCGUGUGUGUGU